UAAUUUUUUGUGUUUUCUCCAUGCUAUUAAAUAUUUUGCUUCUAAAGUUAAGUCCCUUCUCCCAAUUUUAACCACAAGAGUUAUCUCCCGUUUCCCAUAAUGCAUCGGGGCAUCAAUAUGGCAGACUCCAUUGAAAGAUGCUCUAUUAGUGUUUAUUCCUCAACUUGUUGUGAUUUUUCACCUCUUCAUCCAUCAGAAACAAAUUUGACUAGAUUAAAAGACUGCAAGAGAGGUAUUGUUUCACAUCUAAUCAAAAAUGGAGUUCGAUCUGGUGUAAAAGGAGAGGCUGAUGUGUUCAGUGAAGCAGAUCUAAUUUGCAAGCGGGUAGGACUCUUCACUGUCGAGGAAACAUUCACAGUUUGUCCCUAUCACAGAGAUUUUCUAGGCAUUCACUGGCGUCCCAAGACCUCUUGUCAGUAUCCUAACCAUAAGGGAACUGCCAAACCAUAUCGGAGUUAUAACUCUCGCAUGUGUGAGCGGAUGAUUUCUGAGUUUGGAAUUUUAGUGCCAGUCGGUUCUGGAAUAUGCAGAAAAUGCCAUGGAGAUUACUUGAAUCUUCCAUCAUCAAUAGGAGAGGUUGAAGUUCCCUUAGAAGACAACAGAGAACAUACAACAGACUCUCUCAAAAACCAGAAGUCUUCAUGUACUGAUGCUCCUUUGAAUGAAACAAAUGAUGAAGCAUGGACUUGCAGACUCCGUACAAGACAGACAGAUACUUCCAUUUAUGAAGACUUAGUACUGAGUGAUAGUCAAAGCAGCGCAGUUUGCAGCCAAAGUUCUAACUGGAGUCAGGAAGAGGAGGCACUUCCCCUUCAAGAAAUUCAGUUGGCUGAUGUUAAUGCAGCCAUCAACAUCAUAAGCCAAGGUCAAAUUAGUCCUCUUCGCUCAAGACUAGGCACAGACUUGGUGGAUGUUAAAGAACGAACUUUAAGGUACUACAAAAGAAAAGCAGAAGAGACUUGUACAGCUCUGCUAGAUGCGAUUGCUCCUCAUCAAGGACAAAGACUUAAGAGAAUAGUUUUACCAAGUUCAGAAUCUUCUGAUGAUGACCUUUUCAAUGUUGUUGGUGAAAUGUAACACAAUAUCAAAGAUGCAAAUUUGAAAUGUCAACUUUUGUCCCUGAUAGUACACAGGUGUUCUAAGGCUGAACUAUUGACAAAAUUUCCAGAGAUUACAAAACAUCAG